AUGCCGAUGAUUUCAAUAGUCAAGAGUCGAAAUACAAAGGACAAAACCUUUGGACCGUUAGCCUUUGCUUGUGGAUAUGUAAUGCUACUAGUCACUAAUCAGGUACCAGAUGCAAUGGGUUAUCUCCUAGCCGAGUUCCACAAAGUUUGCAUGUACACAGUUCCAAAGCAUCUGCAUGCUUUAAAUGCACAAGCACAAAACCCGGAUUACUACAGGCUUAUUGGCUACCAGGAAGAAGAUGAAAAACCUCAGAGCACUGAGUCAUAUUUGGUAAAUGUUGUUGCAUACGUCAAACUGUAUGCUCAUUGUGUACAGACAGAAAUCAAGGGUGUGCCGCAUCCACAUGGCUUAGCCGAGGGAUGGAAAUGGCUUGCAGUGUUCCUCAAUACUCUCCCAGCCAUCACAGCCACUGCUUUUGCCCUUCAUGCUUUCCUCAAGAUGGCCGGUUUCGCACUUCACAAGAAAUAUGGAUCGCAGUUCAUGAAGAUCCUAGAUGUAAUAUCGCGGCGCUUCAUACCAGCUUUGAAAGAACAAGGCGUAAAGGUUCAGGCAGAGGCUGUCAGCAAUCUACAGAAUUAUCUGAACGACAAGGUUUAUCUGGAGGAGCCGGAAGGGCAGUACCUCGCCCAGCACCUGCUGUCGAAAGUGUUCAUGUGUGAAGAUCAACACCGGAUGGCUACCAGUGCUCCGGUUUCGUCGAGGGAGUAAGCUGACGUGUGGAGAAGCCCCCAAAUCGGCUGAAGAUCAUCUUAGAUGGUAAAUUCGGAUGUAGUAGAAGUGCCACUUGGUAGAGGUCACCCGAUUCGCUGUAAUUUACGUCUGCACGUACUGCAAGGCACAGGCAUAUCUUGUCUAUAUCAGAUUCAUGUCAACAUUCUUCUGAAUAUAUUUCAUCCGCGUUGACCAAGUUUGGAAUAUAC